AUGAAACAAAAUAACAACAAUACCAAACAUUUAUAUAUAUUGUUUCAUGGGCUAUGGGGUAAUCAUAAGCAUAUGCACGCCAUAAGAGAUUAUUUGCUGGAGUAUAAUGAAACAACACAAAGGGACAGUAGUGCACAUGAAAUCGUAGUCUUUAUACCUUGCAAAAGUGGUUAUUUUAAAACAUUUGAUGGAAUUGAUAUCGUCGGUGAUAGAACUUUUAUUGAAAUUAUGGAAUUUUUAAAAGAAAACGAUUAUGCUUUCCAAUAUAUAAGCUGUAUUGGCUAUUCUAUGGGUGGACUGGUUGCUCGUUAUUGUAUGGGCAAAUUAUAUGCGGCAAACGUUUUCUCGAGGAUGAAGCCUAAAUCAUUUAUUACAUUUGCCACUCCGCAUAUAGGUGUUGAAUUUUUCAAUAAACAAAAUUAUUUUUAUAACUUGUUGAGACUGUUGGGUUGUACAUUUUUGGGUAGAAGUGGUAGACAAUUAUUUAUUAAAGAUAGUUACAGAAAAUUGUUAGUCGAAUUAGUUACCAAGGAUAUCUUUGUUAAAGGCUUGGAAGUUUUUGAAAAUAAAUUAGUUUUUUGUAACGUUGAGAAUGAUAGGGUUGUUUCAUUCUAUACUUCUUUCAUUACAAAUAAAUGUGAGAAAUGCGACUAUAGUGUUAGAGAAAAUGAUUUUGAGCAUAUUAUACCAAGAGAAACGUUUAUUGUGGAUGUAACUGUACCACCCAAGACAAAUUUAAUUGCAAGUGCUAAUUCAGAUUAUAAUGUGCUAAAUAUUGUUAAGCUUGUCUCCAAAUUUAGUAUUCUAACGCUUCUUGGUGUUUUGUUGUCUCCGUUUAUUUUAUUAUUGAAUUUGGGGGGGACUUUGUACAGUUAUUACAGUGUAUCUGUAUUUAAAUUAGCGGCAAAAAAUUUUGAAAACUACCAGUUAAUAUCUGAUGAUGAUAUUUCAUCUGAUUGGGAGGAGGUCCGUUCAGUUGCCUACCCAAAAGAUACUACAACCGGUGAAUCUAAAGAAUGGAGCUCUUUUAUCCUUAAGUACUCACAAAAUGAUGAUAAUUUCAACCAACCAAAUUCUAAACCCCUGGAUCUGGAUCAAGAUAGAUCUAUAAUUUACAAAAACUUAAGCAACAUCAAGUGGAUAAGGAUACCAUAUUAUUUAAAAACUUUCAACUCACAUAGAACGAUUGUAGCAAGGGAUGGAAUUGAGCAUGUAAACGAUCAAGGUAGAAAAACGUUGAAAUUUUCUAUAAAGUUGAUUAUCUUUCUACAAAACAAUACUAAUAUUGAUAAUAAGAUUCAAUAA